CAACGACCAAGCGCUCGCCCGCCGUAGCAUGCCACAAGGCCAUCGUGGCCAUGGCCGUCAUCGUCAUCGGCGACGCUCGAAAGCAAAGCCGAGCGGAUUUUGCCUCGUACGUGCGCUUCGCUGCUCUUUGGCGGAGAGUGCGCACCUGGCGACGAUCGCUCGAGUAUACCGAGGAGGACCUCGUGCAACUGGCUCGUAGCGGCGUGAAUCUACCCAAGCAUAUCGCCAUUACGCUACAUGCGAGAUCAUCUUCGCACUUCGAUAUGGUUAACAGGAAGAGAGCGCUCCGCGCCUUUGUCCAGCUAGCAGGGCUUGUGGGCGUCGCGGACGUCUCUAUAUGGGACGAGGAUGGGCUGUGGCAGGAAGACAGCGUAGACACAGCAUACAAAGAUGAGAGCGAGCGCUCCUCACCCUCGGUCCACAUCCUCACCCCGGCAACACACGGGCGGCAAGCAUUCGCCUCCCUCUCCAAGUGCAUAGAUGGCCCCAUCUCCCCAGCAAAGCUGGACGCGAAGCUACGGCGGUCACAAGGAUCCUGCUCCUCGCCGUCCCUUUUCUCACUGGCAGCCACUGAGCCGGACCUCCUCCUUGUCCUCGGCGGCCACUGGACCUCUCGCCUCUCCCUGGGCAGCCAAUACCCUCGCUGGGACCUGAGGCUAACGGAGCUCUUUCACCGAACUGAGGACGAAUACAGACCAGGAAGAUCAAAGGAGCUCAGCAUAUUUGCAGAAGCGUUGUCGCAGUUCCAGAGGGCGGAGCAGCGCUACGGCAAGUGAGCAAGACGACUCCCAGGAGCGCAAGGACCCUCAUUCCAUCCACUCGCAUAUCGCACCAAUUGUCCCCUCUCUUCGUAUCGCAGCUGCAAUUUUGUAUUCAUACAAGCCAGGCCACAUUGCCGGCGUCGUCUCGUCUACUCCUUCUUGAAGCUCAUGUUCCUCGUCGCGCUCGGCAGUGACGCAACCAUUCCGUCCA